CUGACAGCUCAGAUGUUCACCCACGCAAAGCCGGCAGCAGCCAGACACACUUUCGACGCUGGGCGACUCAUUCGGAAGCAAGCAGACUUCUUCGCACCCAGCCAGGGAUGGGAUGGGGCAGGCUCCGUCCUCAGAUACACCAGCCCAGAGUUGUCACAUCUGGGAACUCCUGAGCUGCAGAGGAAACAGAGCCCCGGACGCCUCUGCUGUGGCUUAGCCCCUCUUCCUGCUCUCCCACUUUUCUAGAGCUGGGAGGAACAGAACCCAGGACCAUCGACUCAGUCCUUUUUGGAGGGGGGUUCCAGCUCCACCUGCUUUAGCCAGGGGGCAUGACCCCGUCGUGACCCUAACCCCGGAAGGCCGGCUGGAUUCUUGCUCCGUAAUCGGCUGGACUCUGAUGUCGUCUUUCACAGCUUCUGGGAACAGGACUCCGGGCUCGUCUGUCGCGACGAGGGGCUGCCCUCCAACGUGAAUUAAUUGGGGAUUGAAAGCAGGAGGAGGAGAAGGAUCUGAACCCACCAUUUGCCUUCUUCCUUCUCGGUACUCUGAGGCCUCACAUCUGAGAACAAGAAGUCCCAAAGCUUCCCCCUUUCUCCUGCUGGCCUUCCCCCUCUGAGACCUCCAGCCCCCUCUCCGUGCCAAUGCAAGCGCUGCAAGCAAACCUGACCCCUCCGGAGGACUGCAGCAGCCUGACCCGACUGCAGAAAGAUGGCAACCCCGGAAUGAGCUCCUUCAUGUUUGCGGCAGGGGUGGUGGGCAACAUGGCCGCCCUGGCCAUCUUGGGCUUCCACCGGAAGGAGCUGCGGACCAAGAGCUCGGCUUUCUGCAUCCUGGUGACCGGCCUGGCCAUCACGGACCUGCUGGGCACCUGCGUGGUCAGCCCCGUGGUCUUUGUGGCCUAUUCGCGAAACGCCACCGUGCUGGGCCUGGCGGACGGAGGGCACUGGCUGUGCGACCUCUUUGCCUUCUCGAUGAUGUAUUUUAGCCAAGCCGCCAUGCUCAUCCUCUGCACCAUGGCGGUGGAACGGUGCCUAGCUAUCUCCUACCCCUAUUUCUACUCGCAGCACAACAUCCGCCGGUGGGCCAAGCUCUCUCUGCCCGCCACCUAUGCCUUCAGCGCCCUCUUCUGCGCUCUGCCCUUCCUGGGCGUUGGGAAGUACAAGCAGUACUGCCCGGGCACCUGGUGCUUUGUCCAGAUGGACGUGGAGCUGACGGGGGGCGACCGCAGCAAAGCGGCCUUCUCACUGUCCUACGCCACGCUGAUGGCGCUGCUGAUCCUCGCCAUCUUCGUCUGCAACGGCCUGGUCAUCAUCAGCCUCUGCCAGAUGUACCGCAAGCAGAGGGCCCGGCGGCGAGGAUCUAUCAACGUGGCCCAGCAGCGGCGGCGCAAGAGCUGGCUCGGCCAAGGCGAGGAGGAGGUGGACCACCUCAUCUUGCUGGCCCUCAUGACGGUCAUCUUCGUCAUCUGUUCUUUGCCCCUCACGGUAAGUACUGCCACGGGGGUCACGGGGGGCAGGGAGGGAUAACGGAGAGGGGCUGGUGAGGUGACGGAGGCCAGCUUGGCUCAAUGGAGGCAAAUGUCUUGGCUCAAUGGUGGCAAAUGUCUUGGCUCAAUGGUGGCAAAUGUCUUGGCUCAAUCAUGACAAAUGUCUUGACUCAAUGGAGGCAAAUGUCUUGACUCAAUGGAGGCAAAUGUCUUGGCUCAAUAAUGGCAGAUGUCUUGGCUCAAUGGUGGCAGAUGUCUUGGCUCAAUGGUGGCAAAUGUCUUGGCUCAAUGGAGGCAAAUGUCUUGGCUCAAUGAUGGCAAAUGUCUUGGCUCAAUAGUGGCAAAUGUCUUGGCUUGGGGUGGUAAAUGCCUUGGCUCAGUAAUGAUAAAUGUCUUGGGGACAGGAAGUGACAUGAUAAGGGUCAGCCAGGUUCGCAACUGAGACAACACAGCUUUCAUCCGAGGCGGUCAAGAAUCGUGAGCCAAUCGGCUCCAUCUCAAGACUAGGGAGCCCCGCGACUGCUCACCUGUGAGCACAGUGGGAGAGUCAAGCAUCUCAUGACCUGCCACUGCCUGGGUCUUCCACAUGGCCUCAGGUGGCUGUUGCAGGAGGAUUUUCCACAGCCGUAUCCUGCACUGGGUUUGGGCCAAAGGCCACAACAGGAAACGCUGUGCCACAUUUUCAUCUCCCGCCUGCGUGCGAGUGAGGAGGGUGCACAAGACUGUCCCAGGCUGGGAGCUUUCUGCAACCUGCUUUCUGUAGGGGAAGGACUGUGGCUCAGUGAUUAGAGCAGCUGAAAGUCCCAGGUUCAAACCCCUCCCCCCCGGAUUCCCCCAGGCAGGGCUGAGAAACGGGGGAGCCUCUGUUGGUCUGUGUAGACAAUAUUGAGCUAGAUGGCUCAGUCUUUCUGUGCACGCAGUGACUUCACAGACACCCCAAGUGACAGAGGGUGUUGUGCAGAAGCUGUCAAAACCGUGGUGUGGUUGAUGUGGUCUGAUCAGCAUGUCACAGACUUCCUCGCCCGAGAGAUGCACACACACAUGAGAUUAGACAGUUACGUAGACGGGUCUGCAAAUAGUUAUUUAACCACGACAGAUAUCCAGGUCAGGGACGAUGGGAGACCAAGCUUCUGAUCUGAAUUCCAGGGCCUCUGUUGCUGUGCAAUAGCUGUCAUAAACAAAAAUAACAUGACAUGAAGGAUCUCCGGGUUCAGGGGCAGUCUAUCUCUGAAUAUCAGAGUCUAGAGAGGAACAGCAGAGGAAGCCCAUUGUCCUUAUGCCCUCCUUGGAAGCCACCUGGGCUCUGCUGGAAGCGAAGUUGGGGCUAGAGGCUUCUCUGAUGCAGAAAGGUCAAUCCAACAAACACACCAUAGUGUCAAGCGUCCCUUAUUUGGCGGGACAGUCCCUUAUCCCAGCGCCAUGUCCCGCUUCUGUCCCUUAUUGAUGAUGUCCCUUAAAUAAGCUACUGAAGGUAAUGCAGCCCUUUCUAUGUCCAGCUGUCCUUUGUCAACAACAAAUUGUUGCUUUUUUUGUGUGUUGAAUAUAUGCUAUAUGGUAAUUUAUGGACCUAAUAGGUAUCUAAAGCCAUUUGCAUGCAACAAAAUAUGUAUUUUAUCAAAGUAAUUGUUGAUCCGUUAUUUUGGCUGCUGAUCCCUUAUUUUCGAGGCUGCUGGUCCCUUAUUUUCAAAUCUGUAAGUUGACAGCUAUGACACACACACACAGAGAGAGAGAGAGAGAGAGAGAGAGAGCGAGCGAGCGCAGUUCCCUUGUUGGGUUUGGGGCACACGGUCGUUUAAGCGUGCCCUUUAGAUCUGGUCCUGAAACACACACACCAGUGACAUUCAGCCUGUAUUUCUGCCUUGCUCCUAAAGCUGCUAAAAGGAAGUUUAACUGGGGGCAGGAAGAACUAUAAAAGCCUUGGCAGUGCUGUGGCCAGUGGGAGUUGUAGUAAAAAACAUCUGGAGGGCGCCCGGUGGGGGAAGGCUGAUCUAUAACAUCACCAUGACGGCAGAUCUCUGUUCAGCCUGGGAGAAGACGAGACCAGUGUAGAGCUAGCAAGGCAAAAUGUUGGGAGCAGAGGAGGAAUGUGUGUGCCUUGAGAUAAGAGGUUAGACCUCGCACCCGUUCCCUGCUUUAUAUUCCACAUCUUUCCUGUUCCUUUUCUCCCUCCGUUUCCUGCUGUUUGCCCAAUCGAAGAAACGCAACGGCAAAGAAAAGCGUAAUGUUUCGGUUGUAAAAAAAGGGUUUGUUAAACAGCUGGAGCAAAACUGGCUCCAUUUCGGAGCAUUUCACAGCAGCUUAGGAUCAGAUGGCUUUCAAGACACAGAAUUGUAGAGUUGAAAGGGACUCCUGAGGGUCAUCUAGCCCAACCCGCAGCAAUGCAGGAAUCACAGCUAAAGAAUCCCUGAUGGUUAACCUCUGCUGGGGAAAAAAACCUCCAGGGAGGAAGAGCUCACCACCUUGUGAGCAGGGGCGGAGGAAGGGGGGUGCGGUGGGGCGGACCACCCCAGGUGUCACCACUGAGGGGGGUGACAAAAUGCCAGGCGGGGCCUGCAGCGUGCUCGAUCCAUGCAUCUCUCCUGGGAGUGACGCGGUGGCUUGGGGGUCCGCAGGCUCCGUGCUACCCCAAACGGUCCGCCUGCCGCCUCCCCCCAGCUGUAGGUCAGCUGAGUGGGAGGAGGCAGGCAGAUUCCUCAGAGGCCCCACCCCUGCGGGCAGCUGGCCCCGCCCCUGGGCACGGGGCACAAAUGCCAUCCCAGAUGCCCAAUCAGCCUGCUCCGCCGCUGCUUGUGAGGUUUCUGGCAACCAAGCUGUUGUUAAAAUAAUAAUAAUAAUAAUAAUAAUAAUAAUAAUAAUAAUAAUAAUUUAUUAUUUAUACCCCGCCCAUCUGGCUGAGUUUCCCCAGCCGCUCUGGGCGGCUCCCAAUCAAAUGUUAAAAGCAGUACAGCAUUAAAUAUUUAAAACUUCCCUGAACAGGGCUGCCUUCAGAUGUCUUUUAAAGAUAGUAUAGCUGCUUAUUUCCUUCACAUCUCAAGGGAGGGUGUUCUACAGGGUGGGUGCCACUACCGAGAAGGCCCUCUGUCUGGUUCCCUGUAACCUCACUUCUCGCAAUGAGGGAACCGCCAGAAGGCCCUCGGUGCUGGACCUCAGUGUCCAGGCAGAACGAUGGGGGUGGAGACGCUCCUUCAGGUAUCCCGGACCGAGGCAGAAGAGCGUGAGCCAGCAAAGGAAUUGGCUACCCUACACACAGUCAGACGCUCACACAUAACCUGCCUGUUUUAAUACAGAAAACUAGAACCAAGGCACCAAUGAUUCCUUCCUUUCCAGCUGGCAGGAGUUGAAGCCUAUUGAUGGCUCCUAGCUACGCUCUGCCUCCAUGUUUCGAGGCAGAAAUGCUUCUGGUUCCCGGUUGCUGGAAACCACAGGAUGGAAGAGUUGGUCUUGUGUUCGAAUCCUGCUCGCUGGUUCCCCACAGGCAUCUGAUUGGCCUCUGUGAGAACAGAAUGCCGGAUGCCAUUGGCUGGAUCCAGCAGGCUCUUCUUAUUCCUGAAAGCAAACAUCGACCUGCCAUUGAGAUUCCUACAUUGCAAGGGGUUGGACUGGAUGACCUUUGGGUUCCCUUCCAACUAUUCUAUUACCCUUCAGCCCCUUUCUUUCAGGAACGUUUGUCGCAUACAUUCUGCAGUUGCCAAUUCCCUCCCCUUCGCCUUUCUUCUCUAACCCGUCCUCCUAGCAGUGUCCAGAACGGUCCCAGAAAUUCUCCUGCUGCCUUUCCCAGUCCCCGGCUGCUGCCAGAGCAGAAUCCGGCCUCAGACAUGUGAAUCAGUCCUGGAAAGGGCCCUGCCCUUCUUCCGCGUGAGGGACCUGGUGCAUGUGUGGGCUAGAGGGAAUAGUACGGCAGCGUGACUCUUCAGAAACUCUGGAGGGCCGGCAGCUGAUGAGGCUGGAUUCUGAUGAGAAGGGAAGCUUUCAUCAUUUCCGUUCUUUGCAGAUGGGGCAAUGGCAAGGUUGCAAAAGAGGAGGGGGGUGAGGCCUCUUCCCCUGCUUUUAAGAGCAUCCUGGUCUGCAAAGCUGGGAGAGAAGCGUUAUCAACUGAUAAUUCCUACAGGGCAUUAAGGCGCAGGAGCAAGCCUGGGUACGAAUAAUAAGAAGCUGGCAACUAAUGAGACUUUUAAUCUCAGGGCUGUGGGUUCGAGCCCCACUUUGGGCAAAAGAUAAUAAUAAUAUAAUAAUAAUUUAUUAUUUAUACCCAGCCACUCUGGGCAACUUCCAACAGAAUAUUAAAAUACAAUAACCUAUUAAACAUUAAUAGCUUCCCUAAGCAGGGGGUUGGACUACAUAACCCCCCCCCCAUGGUUCCUUUCAACUCUGCAUUUCUACGACCAUAAGGCACAGGGAGAAUUAUUCUCACCAAUUAUUAUUCUUAUCGAUUACCAUCUCACCCUUUCCCCAAGAGGCUCGGAGCAGUGUAAGCAUUUCUCUCUUUCCCACCCGCAACAACAGGAAUCCUGGGAACUGCAGUUUAACAGGACGUACACAGGUAUAGGGACUCGGGUGGUCUGUGGGUUAAACCACAGAGCCUAGGACUUGCUGAUCAGAAGGUCGGCGGUUCGAAUCCCCGCGACGGGGUGAGCUCCUGCUCCUGCCAACCUAGCAGUUCGAAAGCACACCAGUGCAAGUAGAUAAAUAGGUACCGCUCUGGUGGGAAGGUAAACGGCGUUUCUGUGCGCUGCUCUGGUUCGCCAGAAGCGGCUUAGUCAUGCAGGCCACAUGACCCAGAAGCUGUACGCCGGCUCCCUCAGCCAAUAAAGCGAGAUGAGCACCGCAACCCCAGAGUCGGCCAUGACUGGACCUAAUGGUCAGGGAUCCCUUUACCUUUACACAGGUAUAAGAUAAAAGUGGGUGGGGUUAGGCAGGUUGCAUGGGGGAGUGACCAAGGCUCAUUAAGUGUCGACUCCCAGCAAGAUCCACGCCAUUAAUUGAAAGCAGGGUUUUCAAAACUUAGGUCUGCAGCCACCAGAGCCAACACUUUGGGGCCGAGGGGGCUUCACUUCCCUAAUAAAAUAUUUGAGGGGGCUGCCCCCUCCAAGUUGAUGAGCAUUGCCAUUCAAAUGGCAGGUGCCCCAUCAUGUUACCAAUUAUGCAGGGCGAAGCUUACCUGCCCCCCCUCAAUAUUUUAUUCCAGUGGGCACCCCUGUCUCCAGCUGUUUUCGGACUACAAUUCCCAUCAUCCCUGACUGCUCAUCCCGCUAGCUAGUGAUGAUGGGAGUUGUAGUUUGAAACCAGCUGGAGACCCAAGUUUGGGAAACCCUGAUUUAAAGCAUAUGGCUUUAAACCAUGGCUUCUGAGAACUCUAGUUUACCCUUUGGCAGGGCUGCAAUUCCAGGCACAUUUAAACUAGGAUUCCCAGAAUUCUUUUCGCGGGGAAACGUGACUGUUAAAGUGGUUUAAGCGUGCUUUAAAUAUAUUCGGGGUGGAUGUGACCCAAAUAUCAGGGCUGCCACAUUGGCCAUCGCUCAGAAUGGGGUACACCAUGGAUGGAAGUGCCAGUCGCUCUCUCCGCCUUAGUCUGAGGUGCCCACUUGCCCUCAGCCUGCCCUGCCUGCCUGUCUUCUCAACGACAAUCUUCCCAGGGGGUUCACCCUGCUUGCAGCUUCCUGCUCCUAAUUCCAGUUGCUCAGCAGGCAGGAGGAUGGGAACAAACCAGAAUUAGCUGGCUCUGGCUCCCUCUACUGUUGACCUCCUUGCUUUACACCCUAUCAGCUGUGAUGGGGACUGGCCUCCCCAAGUAGGGCACAUGGACACCCUAGCUUGGUUGGGCCGUGUCCCCCGGGUGAAUUCCACACAUGUGUGAGUGUCUGGAGGCAGUUGGAGGAUGGAUGGCAGCUAACAGAUUGAAGUUGAAUCCUGACAAGACAGAAGUACUGCUUUGGGGGGACAGGAGGCGGGUGGGUGUGGGGGACUCCCGGGUCCUAAAUGGGGUAACUGUGCCCCUGAAGGACCAGGUGCGCAGCCUGGGAGUCAUUUUGGACUCACAGCUGUACGUGGAGGCGCAGGUCAAUUCUGUGUCCAAGGCAGCUGUCUCCCAGCUCCAUCUGGUACGCAGGAUGAGACCCUCCCUGCCCGCAGACUGUCUCGGCAGAGUGGUGCAUGCUCUAGUUAUCUCCCGCUUGGACUACUACAAUGCGCUCUACGUGGGGCUACCUUUGAAGGUGACCCGGAAACUACAACUAAUCCAGAAUGCGGCAGCUAGACUGGUGACUGGGAGCGGCUGCUGGGACCAUAUAACACCAGUCUUGAAAGCCCUACACUGGCUCCCAGUAUGUUUCCGAGCACAAUUCAAAGUGUUGGUGCUGACCUUUAAAGCCCUAAACAGCCUCGGUCCGGUAUACCUGAAGGAGUGUCUCCACCUCCAUCAUUCUGCCUGGACACUGAGGUCCAGCGCUGAGGGCCUUCUUGUGGUUCCCUCGCUGCAAGAAGCCAAGUUACAGGGAACCAGGCAGAGGGCCUUCUCGGUGGUGGCACCCGCCCUGUGGAAUGCCCUCCCACCAGAUGUCAAAGAGAAAAAUAACUACCAAACUUUUAGAAGACAUCUGAAGGCAGCCCUGUUUAGGGAAGCUUUUAAUGUUUAAUAGGUUAUUGUACUUUAGUGUUUUGUUGGAAGCCGCCCAGAGUGGCUGGGGAAACCCAGCCAGAUGGGCGGGGUAUAAAUAAUAAAUAAUAAAUUAUUAUUAUUAUGGGACUCUGAGGCAUUUGCCCUAUUUGCAAGACCCACUUACUUCCCCAAGCCCUGCUUCUCCCCUUCCCCACAGCUAUGGGGCCUUCCUAGGACAAGCGUUGCCUCCGCCCCUCCAAAACCUUUGGGUUUGCCAGCCACGUCCAGGCCCAAACCAGCCAUGCCAAAACCCGGGCUCAAAGCUCUUGCCCCGCCGCCUCGCAACCCGCCCACACUGCAGAAGUGAGCAAAUUGGCACAACCGGAAUUGGCAUGGAAAACAGCCAGACUCCCUGAGGUGCUGUCGAUUUCCUGCAUCUCCUCAGCUGCCCCACAUCCUGCCGCAGAGGCAGCCAAGUCGAGGCGAGUCUAUCUGCAGUUUCCGCCUGAGGGUGCCAACCUCUUCCAGGAUGCCUGGCCCGGGAGCUGAGAGAGCUCACGCAAUUUGCCAAUAUUGUAUCUUAGUUUUAGAAAAACUCCCAGCGAAAGAAACUUCCAGAGCCUCCAAGUGUCCCUAUUUUCCAGCACAGAAGCUGUCCUGGUUUCUGAUUUGUUCCUGGAAUGCCCCGCUUUUCCUUAAGGUAAAGGUAAAGAGACCCCUGACCAUUAGGUCCAGUCGUGGCCAACUCUGGGGUUGCGGUGCUCAUCUUGCUUUAUUGGCCGAGGGAGCCGGCGUACAGCUUCCGGGUCAUGUGGCCAGCAUGACUAAGCCGCUUCUGGCAAACCAGAGCAGCGCACGGAAACACCGUUUACCUUCCCACCAGAGCGGUACCUAUUUAUCUACUUGCACUUUGACGUGCUUUUGAACUGCUAGGUUGGCAGGAGCUGGGACUGAGCAACGGGAGCUCACCCCGUCACGGGGAUUCGAACCACCGACCUUCUGAUCGGCAAGUCCUAGGCUCUGUGGUUUAACCCACAGCGCCACCCGCGUCCCUUCGCUUUCCCUUAGGACACCCCUGUUUUCACUGGAGAAAUGUUGGAGGAUAGGGACCUUUAUCUGAUAACAUUGGAGAGGUGCAGCAGGCCAGGAUCCGUGGGCCUAGUGCUGCUUCAAUCUUUGCCAAGCCUGUGGCCCUCCAGAUGUGGAUUGCAAUUUCCAGCAGCCCCAUCAUCAAGCAUCAGUUGAGCUAUUGAGUUUUAUGGUUUCAGGACCAGCAGGGGAGGGUGGGCAAGGAGAGAUACUGUAAACUCUCAGACCACAUCCUUCCCAGGGUCUGUUGCUUUUUUGUGACCUAGUUCCCUACCCUAAGACCUUAAUCAUUAUUAUUUACAUUAGUGAUUCCAGAAAAUUUUGGGGCCACUGCUCUCUUGGCUCCAUAAACUCAUCCUCGGUGCCCCCUACUUUAUAAAAAACAUUCUUCAGAAUAGAGAUUUGCAUGCCCCCACUAAGGGACGCGGGUGGUGCUGUGGGUUAAACCACAGAGCCUAGGGCUUACCAAUCAGAAGGUCGGCGGUUCGAAGCUCCCGUUGCUCGGUCCCUCCGACGGGAAGGUAAAUGGCGUUUCCGUGUGCUGCUCUGGUUCGCCAGAAGCGGCUUAGUCAUGCUGGCCAUAUGACCCGGAAGCUGUACGCCGGCUCCCUCGGCCUGUAAAGCGAGAUGAGCGCUGCAACCCCAGAGUCGGCCACGACUGGACCUAAUGGUCAGGGGUCCCUUUACCUUACUAAGGAAGAUAAGAAUGCAAUGAAAUUUGAAAGGGCCGUUUGUUCAACAUCCAAUUAAAACCAGUUGAAGUAAUUCAACAACUGAUGACCUUGAUCCAGUGAUACCAGAUUUCUGAAGCCUGAUAGUCAUUCACAGCUCAGCAGCUCCCCUCAGGUAACCCCACCCCAGGGAGUGAUAAAUCCCACUUCCACCGAUUUACACUUAUAGCCCACCUCUCGCUUCAAGGGGCUCAAGGCGACAUACAUGUUGUUGUUGUUUAGUCGUUUAGUCGCGUCCGACUCUUCGUGACCCCCUGGACCAGAGCACACCAGGCACUCCUGUCUUCCACUGCCUCCCCCAGUUUGGUCAGACUCAUGUUUGUAGCUUCGAGAACACUGUCCAACCAUCUCAUCCUCUGUCGUCCCCUUCUUGUGCCCUCCAUCUUUCCCAACAUCAGGGUCUUUUCCAGGGAGUCUUCUCUUCUCAUGGCCAAAGUCUUGGAGCCUCAGCCUCAGCUUCAGGAUCUGUCCUUCCAGUGAGCACUCAGGGCUGAUUUCCUUCAGAAUGGAGAGGUCCAAUCUUCUUGCAGUCCAUGGGACUCUCAAGAGUCUCCUCCAGCACCAGAAUUCAAAAGCAUCAAUUCUCCGCGACAUACAUAGAAUCACUCAAUUGUAGAGUUGGAUGGGACUCUAAGGAUCAUCUAGUCCAACCCCCUGGAAUACAGCGGGGCUCAAAACUGCAAGCUUGGCGUUAACGCCACCACAACAUGCUUCUCCCCCUCUCUUGUUCCACCUCCACAAGUACCCCUGGGCCUGCUGGGAGUCGUAGUAUCAAGGCGCACCAAGUUAGGGAAAGCUGAAAGAAAGGAGGAGGCUCUGGUAUGCUACUCAGAACAGGGAGUUACAUGUGUCACGAGACACAGCAAAAACCUCUGGCUUUCUCCUGGACCACAUCCUGCGGCACCGAGAGAGCAGGACGGGUGUUGCAGCCAGCUUGCUGUUUGUGCCUCAGCUGGUGGAAUUUCCAGAACACACCUUGCCUUUCUGAAAUAAAGGGCGAGAUCAGGGUGGGCAAGGAGAGGGGGGGGUGCCAGGCAGCUGAAUUUGCUGGGGCUCCUCGGGCAACUGGUUGCGAAUCCGGACCGAGGGCUGACCAAAGGUGGCGGCAACAGUUGGAUCCUGUUAUCUUUCCCCCUCGGGUGUGUCUCUGCAGGCCUCCUAACAAGGGUUAGGCAAACAGAGAUACCUACAAGCAGGUGUGAAACACGCUUGCCAGUCCAAUGAGCUGUGCUUUCUAAGCCACAGGUGCUAGGAGCAGAGGAAGCUGUCUUAUUCCAAAUUCUGGGGUCCUCAAGGAGCUUAUAGAUGCUCCCACUUGGCAUCUGCCAGGACCCCUCCAAUUACUUUUUUAAAAAUUGAUUUUUAAAGAGAGGGUCGUUUGCUUGGAGGUUGCACAUUCAGAGGAGUGGGGUGGUGGUGGAUGCUCAGCAGUAUUGCUCCAGCUAGCUCAGUAUUUACACUGUUUGGCAGGGACUCUCCAGGAUUUCCGGCAGGAGACUUUCCUCAGUAUUAUUGCUUUGGCAAGCUCAGUGUUAUUGCUCCAGUUAGCUCAGUGUUAUUGCUCCAGCUAGCUCUGUAUUAUUGCUCCAGCUAGCUCCGUAUUAUUGCUCCAGCUAGCUCAGUAUUAUUGCUCCAGCUAGCUCAGUAUUAUUGCUCCAGCUAGCUCAGUAUUAUUGCUCCGGCUAGCUCAGUAUUAUUGCUUUGGCAAGCUCAGUAUUAUUGCUUUGGCAAGCUCAGUAUUAUUGCUCCGGCAAGCUCAGUAUUAUUGCUCCAGCUAGCUCAGUAAUAUUGCUCCAGUUAGCUCAGUGUUAUUGCUUUGGCAAGCUCAGUAUUAUUGCUCCAGCUAGCUCCGUAUUUACACUGUUUGGCAGGGACUCGCUAGGAUUUCCAGCAAGAGUCUUUCAAAGACUGACCUAGAGAUGCUGCGCACUGAACCUAUGACCUUCUGUAGGCUAAGCAGAUACCCUACCAAUUGAACUGCAGCCUCCCUGCAACCUCUUUUCAAUAUCUCCCCAUCUGAAUCAGACCAGAGGCCCACGCAGAGGCUGCAGCCAGCCAGCCAGCCAGCCAGCCAGAAGAUUCUGGAAGCUCACGGCCAAUUUCAACAAACAAAUAAAAAGUUUCCCGUAUUAUUAUUUUUUUAAAAAACGUAAAUGAUAUGGCAUUACUUGCUAAUUGACUUAAAGUGUUUUUAUCUCCCAUUCUCCACUUAAAGAAAUGCUUAAGCCACUUUGCAAGCCAAUAAUCGUUAAAAAGGAAGAUAAAAUAUAAAAGACGAAGACGAAUAAGGAAAACAAAAAGCAAUAUGAGAGAGAGGGAGAGAGGAAACAGCAGAUAAAACGUUUAACCUCCCGAUUAAAGUUUAUUUAGAAUUAACAGCUGGGCAGGCUGAACGUCUGCUGGAAAAUGAAUCGCUUUGCGUGGCGUAGGAAAGUCAUGGGGAAGUGGGUGCAAUGGGCAUCCCUUGGCAGGGAGGACCCAGCCAAAUGCAGCUUAGAUCGGCCUUUGCCAAUCUAGCACCCUCCAGAUCUUUUUGACUACAACUCCCAGCAGCUCCAGGAAGGAUGCCCAGUGGCCAGGAAAGAUGGGAGUUGUAGUUCAGCAACAACUGGAGGGCCAAUGUUUUCCUGCACCUGGAGGACAUGGAGGGGAGGCUCCUCGGAAGAUUACAAUGGACCGACAGAAUCAUUUGGGAGAAAACAGUUCACUGGUAGGUUCAUAUUCUGCGGCAGCAUUAUCUGGGAGCUUGCCUGUUCUCAGAAAAAUGUCGUAUUUUUCGCUCUAUAAGACGCACCAGACCACAAGACGCACCUAGUUUUUGGAGGAGGAAAACAAGAAAAAAAAUAUUCUGAAUCUCAGAAGCCAAGCAGCAAUCCCUCUUGCUGUUCUGGCUUCUGGGAUAGCUACACAGCCUGCAUUCACUCCAUAAGACGCACACACAUUUCCCCUUACUUUUAAGGAGAGAAAAAGUGAGUCUUAUAGAGCAAAAAAUACGGUAUGUCUCUUACCAUAUGCAGAGUGCAGUUUCUUCACUCCGUAACCUUUCCCCGCUUCUGUCCUCAUUUCCUUCUGUAAACAUUUCCCUGGAGAGACACGAGGCCCAGAGAUGAAGUCGAAAGGCCGGUUUUCAUUUGCAAAAGAGGAGGGGAAGCCGUGAAUCACCCUCCCAACGCCUGAUGGCUGAACUGCUUGUUGCAGGAAAUGCUGCCUGCACUGCAAUAUUGUGCAUAAGUGCACAAGGGCGAUGCGGACCCAAGCAGGCAAGCCGCAAGCUGAGUUAAGUCAGAGGAAACGGAGAGUCGACCCAGCAGAGGAGAUACUCUGAAGCCAAGGCGACGGCGACCUCGGGUCAGAGUUUCCAGGUCACGUGUGCACCUGACUUGCAGAUCAGCAAUCUUAUUAAACCACCUACAGCAGUGUAAGAAGAGCCCUGCGGGAUCAGGCCCAUGGCUCAUUUAGUCUGGCAUCUCGGGGACCCCUGCAAGCCAGACUCCUGCAUUUUCUUGUGAACUGGUAUUCAAAAGUAUCGCUGCCUCCAACUGCGUCGGCAGAACACUGCCAUCAUGCCAUCGAUAGCCCUCUCCUCCAUGAACUUGUCCUCUCUUAAAGUCUUCCAAGUUGGUGGCUAUCCCUGUGGCAGGGAGUUCCAAAGUUUAACCAUGAAGAAGUCAUUCCUUUUAUCUGUCCUGUAUUCUCCAACAUUCAGCCUCAUAGCAAAUCCACAAAUUCUGGUGUAACAAAGAGAGGGAGGAAAACCUUUGUCUCUCUACUUUCUCCCCACCACACACAAUUUUAUGAACAUCUAUCCUGUCUCCACUUCCUUGCCUUUUCACUAAACCGAAAGGUCCCAAACGCUGCAAAGAUACAAUGAUACGAUACGAUACGAUACUCUUUAUUGUCAUUCAAAAACCAACAAGCCUGCUAUCCCAGCCUGGUUGGCCCCCUAAAAACGCUGAUACCCCAUAAUUAAAUACAAUAUGCUCCCCUAGAGACUACAUUAAAGGUAAAGGUAAAGGGACCCCUGACCAUUAGGUCCAGUCGUGGCCGACUCUGGGGUUGCGGCUUUAUUGGCCGAGGGAGCCGGCAUACAGCUUCCGGGUCAUGUAGCCAGCAUGACUAAGCUGCUUCUGGCGAACCAGAGCAGCGAACGGAAACGCCGUUUAUCUUCCCGCCGGAGUGGUACCUAUUUAUCUACUUGCACUUUGAUGUGCUUUCAAACUGCUAGGUUGGCAGCAGCAGGGACCGAGCAAUGGGAGCUCACCCCGUCGCAGGGAUUCGAACCGCCAACCUUCUGAUCGGCAAGUCCUAGGCUCUGUAGUUUAACCCACAGCGCCACCCACGUCCCUUAGACUACCUUACACUGUGUUUAAAACCAAAAUCGCAUUUGGAUAGAAACUGUUUCUCAGGCGGCUAGUCCUGGUCUUUAUAACCCUGUACCUUCUUCCAGAAGGCAGAAGCUGAAAGAGAUCAUUUCCAGGGUGUGCACUAUCCUGCGCUAUCUCUGCAGCUUUCUUGUGACACCUGGAAGCAUAGAUUUGAUCCGAGAUGGGAAGAGUGCACCCAGUUAUUCUCUCCGCAGUCUUUACAACCCUGGACAGCACUGUUUUUUCCCUGACCGUGCAGCUCCCAAACCACACACACAGACCAUAAGUUAAUACACUCUGAACAGUACAAUGGUAAAAUGCCAUCAACACGUCUUUUGAGAGAUUCUUUUUCCGGAGGAUUCUCCUUCAGGUAUACUGGGCCUUUGAGGCCGUUUAGGGCUUUAAAGGUCAGCCCCAACACUUUGAAUUGUGCUUGGAAACAUACUGGGAGCCAAUGUAGGUCUUUCAAGACCGGUGUUAUGUGGUCUUGGCAGCCGCUCCCAGUCACCAGUCUAGAUUUGCUUUAUUCAAAUCAAACCACAGAAAUCUCCAGGGUGAUAGCAGGGGUGAGUGAAACAGUUCAAAUUCUCAGGAGCCAUAAAGACCCAGUUUUUAAAGAGCUAUCCCCAUAUGGACGAAAGACUAAAUCUAAAAUUCCUGGUACUGGCCCAGAGGUUUUAAAGCAACCCGAAUUUUCCUAGACUGCGACUGCUCUGGGGUCUAGACAAUGCAGCUUAAAGCACAGGCAAAAGCUCCAUCAUGGUUGCCCUGGGCAAUGUCUUCAGCUCUGGUGAUUCUCUCUGGCUGUUCUGAGAGAUUCUCCUUAGGAGUGUCUGACAUUUUUCAAGCUUCUUUCACAAAAAUAGAUGAAGAGCUUUGCUGGAAGAGAGCUAAGGCCCGUCAAGUUCAAUGGGCCGUUUCCCACAUUAGCCAAGCAGAUGUUUUGGGACAUGAGCCCAGUUGCUUUCUCCUCCUUCCCUCCCCCAGCAACUUUUACUCAGCGGUAGGGAUGGGCAGAUCUGCCCAUUUCUGUUUCCAUUGCUCAUCCUUCCACUCUUAUACAGUGGUACCUCGCAAGACGAAUGCCUCGCAAGACAAAAAACUCGCUAGACGAAAGGGUUUUUUGUUUUUUGAGCUGCUUCGCAAGACGAUUUUCCCUAUGGGCUUGCUUCGCAAGACGGAAACGUCUUGCAAGUUUGUUUCCUUUUUCUUAACACCGUUAAUACAGUUGCGACUUGACUCGAGGAGCAACUCAUAGAACGCGGUGUGGUAGCCUUUUUUGAGGUUUUUAAAGGCUUUGGUGAUUUUUAAAGCUUUUCCAAAACUUUCCUGACACCGUGCUUCGCAAUACGAAAAAAAUCGCAAGACGACAAAACUCGCGGAACGAAUUAAUUGCAUCUUGCGAGGCACCACUGUAUUCAGUACAUCUGCACAUCAGCUUCCAAACAUGGGAUUCUUAAAAAAAAAAAAAAAUCCUCAUGAAAAUUCACCAGUAGUUUAGUGAAAUUUCCCACAAUGUACAUGCUUUUGAACGGAAUUUGGCCCAAGAUGCAAAAUUCAGAGAAGUGCGAAAUUUUGAAGGCUGGUGUUUAUGGACUGGCUGCACGCAGAUGAACGGUGAAAGGCACUAGCUGGGGAUCCCUCAAGGGAAUCCCCAGGGCAAGAAGGGUUGGGGAGUGGUGGUGGGGUGACGAUGAGAGGGAGAAAAGGGAGCAGACUGGGUGAAGGAGGUGUCAGAAGCUGGAGAGGUAACAAGGUUUAGUGAGCAGGGAGAAUCUGUGGCAGAGAACAGUUCAGAAUCAGAGGCAGAAGCAGCAGGAGGGAGGCCAAGAGGCAGAGAUGAGGCAGGCUAUCUCUCUCUCCUGGUCUCCCAGGGCCAGAAGAGGUAUGAAGAGGGUGGAGCAAAGAUGGACAAGAUGACAGAGUCUCAGAUUGCUUGGGAAGGACUUGGGGGAGGAGGAGAUUUAGGGAGCUGUGGGAAGGCAGGGACUCUCAGGCCUCACAACUGCCUCGCUGGGGCAAGAUCUACCGGGAAGAGUUGCUGGGCUCACUAGGCCUGGCCUCCUGAGCUGUUUGGUUUCUUCAAAUAAAAAGUUAACUUCACUGAAGUCGUGUGAGUUGUUGCUGACCUGUUCCUGGCACCUGCUCUUGUCAGGUUCUGCACUUCGGUUCACAUAGCAUUUUGGAAAGUGCGAAUCACAUGGGCUCACCUUUAAAUGCAAACUUUAUUGAAUUGCUCCCCAACCCUCUUCAAAGCCAUCCUGUCUCCGAUCCAGGAGGUUACAUAGAGCCGUCAUGACUAGGGAGGGGUGAAUCGGUCCAAUCUGGUUUCUCUCUGUUUCUUAUUAAAUUUGGUUUUCCACAUUUCUGCAGCAAUGUGCAAAUUUUCUCUUAAGAAAGCACCCUCCUUUCAGCUCUCGAACAUGUUCAUGUGAAUUCCUCCUAAUGCCAUUUUGUCUGCAGAUUUAACUUUUUAACAUUUUUGCCCAAGAUUUCUCCUAACCAGAAUACCUUUUCAUUCCUGGUCUGUGGUGAGAUUUUCAUGGUGCUGAAUUUUGUACCCAAGACACAGAACUUUGGCUCUAUAUAAGGCAGUCUCAUCUGACAACAGCCACAAAAUGUUCUACAAUUCUUAUUUUCUCCCUCAAAACCUUGGUGUAGAAUCUACACUACAGGUCAGGCAAUCUCAAACUUUCUACCCACAGGAUAGAGGCUGAGGUCCACCAGUCGAAAAAUGGCGGUGCAGGGGCAGAGUGAGGACAGAGUUUGGCAGAACCCAAUAUCAAUUGCUGACAUUGUUUUCUACUGAUAUCUGACCCAUCUUUGGAAACCACCACGCUCUUUCCCACAGCAUUUCCCCUGUGGCAAGGAGUUCCGCAGCUCAGCUUUCCUUGAAACAUGUGUAGGCAUUUGCUCCGGGGGUGUAAUGACUCAGCCUCCCCGUUUUAGGCAAUAUUUGCUGAUCCAGAGAUUCUAAACAGAGAUGGCUUUUUAUUUGAUAGAUUUCCCUUUCCACCCCCACAGGGCUCUCAAAGUCUUUUGAAACAAUUCCUCUCCUUUCCUGCUUUCACGUUCGAUUUGUACCCCAUUCUCCACUCCCCAAACUGCCACUUCCUUUGACCCCUCGGUCAUUUCUUCCUCCUGCGACAGCUUCCCUCUCUUAUCUUCUCCCUUUUUGAUCUUAGGUGGUUAGUUUGUUUAUUCUUCCUCUUCCUAAUACAGUGGUAUCUCGGGAUAAGUACUAAAUUUGUUCCGGAGGUCCGUUCUUAACCUGAAACUGUUCUUAACCUGAAGCACCACUUUAGCUAAUGGGGCCUCCUGCUGCCGCCGCGCCGCCAGAGCACGAUUUCUGUUCUCAUCCUGAAGCAAAGUUCUUAACUUGAAGCACUAUUUCUGGGUUAGAGGAGUCUGUAACCUGAAGCGUAUGUAACCUGAAGCGUAUGUAACCCGAGGUACCACUGUAUAUCCAUCUUUUAUCUCCCGUCCUAAUUCCCUUCAACGCCUCCCCUGGCCCGUUCUCAUUAGAAGGAGAGAGAUCUACCUUCCCCUUGAGUGUCUCUGUCUCCCAGCCACCUUUACUCAGCGUGCAAACCACCUUUGGGAGUUGGUGGUACUGGUCAAAUGCAGAGGCUGUUGUGGUGAAAUGACAACGAGCGGUUUGAGAGAAGAGGGAGCAAACAGGGAGGAGGAGGCGUGGGAAGUGGAAGAAGUAACUGGGUUCAUUGAGUGGGAAGAGGCUGUGGCAAUGUGCUCCACGUGGGGCUACCUUUGAAUGUGACCCGGAAACUACAACUGAUCCAGAAUGCGGCAGCUAGACUGGUGACUGGGGGCGGCCGCCGAGACCACAUAACACCAGUCCUGAGAGACCUGCAUUGGCUCCCAGUACGUUUCUGAGCACAAUUCAAAGUGUUGGUGCUGACCUUGAAAGCCCUAAAAGGACUCGGCCCAGUAUAUCUGAAGGAGCAUCUCCACCUCCAUCGUUCUGCCCGGACACUGAGGUCCAGCGCCGAGGGCCUUCUGGUGGUUCCCUCACUGUGAGAAGCCAAGUUACAGGGAACCAGGCAGAGGGCUUUCUUGGUAGUAGUAGUAGUAGUAGUAGUAGUAGUAGUAAUAAUAAUAAUAAUAAUAAUAAUAAUAAUAAUAUUUGUACUCUGCCCAUCUGUCUGGGUUUCCCCAGCCACUCUGGGCGGCUUCCAACAAAGAUUAAUGUCACACAUUAAAAACUUCCCUAAGCAGGGCUGCCUUCAGAUGUCUUCUAAAAGUCAGGUAGUUGUUUUUCUCUUUGUCAUCUGAUGGGAGGGCGUUCCACAGGGCGGGCGCCACUACCGAAAAGGCCCUCUGCCUGGUUCCCUGUAGCUUUGCUUCUUGCAAUGAGGGAACCGCUAGAAGGCCCUCGGAGCUGGACCUCAGCAUCCAGGCAGAACGAUGGAGGUGGAGAGGCUGCUUCUGGUCUACUUGGCCGAGGCACCUGCCCUGUGGAACACCCUCCCAUCAGAUGUCAAGGAAAUAAACAACUAUCUGACAUUUAGAAGACAUCUGAAGGCAGCCCUGUUUAGCGAAGUUUUUAAUGACUGAUGUUUUAAUGUCUUUUUAAUCUUUUGUAGGAGACCGCCUAGAGUGGCCCGGGAAACCCAGCCAGAUGGGCGGGGUAUAACAAAUAAAUUGUUAUUAUUAUAAAGAAUCAGCUCAGAAUCUUUCUGCAGUAAUAGUAGUAGUAGUAGUAGUUUUCUUUCUUUCUUUCUUUCUUUCUUUCUUUCUUUCUUUCUUUCUGUCUGUCUGUCUGUCUGUCUUUUCCUUCCUUCCUUCCUUCCUUUCCCCCUGACAGGACUUAAGGUGGCUUACAGACAAAAAUAGGAACCAUUCAAAACAUUAUUUUAGUAGUAAUUUAAUUUAUACCCACCUUUCCUUUCCUAGAUGCCCAGGGCAGCAGUCUUGGAACAAGUGAUGCAACAGCAAAGCAACCACAUUUUUUUGUUACAGGUAGGGACACAGGUGGCGCUGUGGUCUAAACCACAGAGCCUAGGGCUUGCUGAUCAGGUCAGCGGUUCGAAUCCCCGCAGUGGGGUGAGCUCCCGUUGCUAUGUCCCUGCUCCUGCCAACCUAGCAGUUUCAAAGUACAAAAUGCAAGUAGAUAAACAGGUAUCGCUACGGCGGGAAGGUAAACGGCAUUUCCACCGUUCGCCAGAAGCAGCUUAGUCAUGCUGGCCACAUGACCCGGAAGCUGUAUGCUGGCUCCCUCGGCCAAUAAAACAAGAUGAGCGCCGCAACCCCAGAGUCGUUUGUGACAGGACCUAAUGGUCAGGGGUCCCUUUACCUUUACGGUAGCCGUGUUGGUGUGCCGUAGUUGAAAGAAAAUAAAAAAAUUCCUUCCAGUAGCACCUCAAUAACAAACUUAGUUGCUCUCGAAGGAAUUUUUUUAUUACAUUUUUGUGUGUGUUAAUACCACUGAGCAUGUACAGAGUGUCUCCCCCCCUCCUGCUGGCACACACACACACACAGCUGAGCAAUCUAUUUGGGAUUAAAGAGAAGGACACCCCGGGUUCUGUUUACCAGGCGGGGUUAAUGCACCCCCCACUUUGGUCUUUAGAAUUUAAAACCAAUACAAAUCCAACUCCUUUGUUAGCCUUGCUGGGAAUAAUAGAUGAAUCAACAAUUAUCUCACUGGGAGACGCUGACAUUUUUGCUGGUAGCUGCUCAUUUAGAAAUUGCUAAAUGUUGGCCUGUCGACAUGUUGGCUCUCAGAUGCCAGGUUAGCACGGUCAGAAGCAAGUUGAGUCCUUUACCCUUUUAUAAUACCAGGCAUUCAUUUAUCUCCUAUAUGAGACGAUCAAUGGAGACAACAUCUCUCCAGAACCACAGAAAUAUCUGGGGAGACUUAUUGGCCGAGAGACUUUUGUAUGCAUCGUAAACGUUAGACUGCUGUUACGCAUCUUUCCGAGAAAGGGCAGGCGAGCUGCGACUUUCGUUGCCUGCUGUAUACUACAUGUGAAAUAGCCAUAAAAUGUAUAUAUAUAUAUACUGAAAACAGAACAGCUUGCAUCCAUCGCCCAUAAAAUGCCAGGCAAUUCUAACCACCCACGGUGGGGUAUCCGGCCCAAAUCGGGGUUGUUGAAGGAUUGUUUUGCAUUACUGUGGCAACAAGAAAGGGGCAAGGCAGGGCUUUGUUGAAACAGCUGAGGAUGCCAACCGGGCGUGGACAGAGGGUUGUGCAACAGGCGGGCGAUAAGGAGCCCGGGCUGAAAGGCCUGCAGGCACCGCCGCACACAAGGACCCUGGCUCAAGAUGCCAGUGGCGGUUGCAGAGUUUGCCAGUGCCACGUGGCAGAAUACAAAGAAGGGUGCUCUCUGGGCACCACAGUUCAAGAAGGACACUGACAAACUGGAACGUGUCCAGAGGAGGGCAACCAAAAUGGUCAAAGGCCUGGAAACGAUGCCUUAGGAGGAACGGCUAAGGGAGCUGGGCAUGUUUAGCCUGGAGAAGAGGAGGUUGAGGGGUGAUAUGAUAGCCAUGUUCAAAUAUAUAAAAGGAUGUCACAUAGAGGAGGGAGAAAGGUUGUUUUCUGCUGCUCCAGAGAAGCGGACACGGAGCAAUGGAUCCAAACUACAAGAAAGAAGAUUCCACCUAAACAUUAGGAAGAACUUCCUGACAGUAAGAGCUGUUCGACAGUGGAAUUUGCUGCCAAGGAGUGUGGUGGAGUCUCCUUCUUGGGAGGUCUUUAAGCAGAGGCUUGACAACCAUAUGUCAGGAGUGCUCUGAUGGUGUUUCCUGCUUGGCAGGGGGUUGGACUCGAUGGCCCUUGUGGUCUCUUCCAACUCUAUGAUUCUAUGAUUCUAUGCCAUCAGCCUGACAAAGGACAGGCUGUGCUUGCAGGGGCUGCUGUUCCUUGAGGAGACCUUGCAGGGGGGCAUCCCUGCAGCAGGGCCAAAUUUCAGCAGCAAUAGGACCACACGUCCUGCUUUCAGUGCCACAUCUGGCGUGCCAAGCGACGGCAAGGGCAAGGAGGUCUCUGGGUGUGUUGCAAAGAGCCCGUCUCCGCUUGCCGAUGAACCGCCGCAGCUGCUCUCACCACCAAUCCAGGGCGGUUAAGGAGCAAAGUGUCGUGGGUUCAGAACCGAGGCGGUGCUGCAUGGUAUCAGAUGGAGGCUUGCGCCUGCUUCAUUUCUGCACAUCGAGCAUAAGUGCGGUUUCAGGUUUCAGCAGGGCAGAAAGCAGCUUUUUGACACGGCAAGGAGAGGCCAAGAUUGAAAGUGCUUCCCUUUUCUAGAUUCAGAUGAUAACUUAGGGGGAAAGGCAAUUCUUCAGAAUGCUUUGUGGUUACUUCACCUUAUUUCUUUCGCGUGCGUUUAGCAGUCAGAGAUACUGUGGGCUUUUCCACAAGUCGUCUGAGGGACACAGAGACCUCGGGACAAGAGCUGACAGAGGAGGCACAUCUCUCCACUUCCUGGGUGGAGUUUAAUAAUAAUAAUAAUAAUAAUAAUAAUAAUAAUAAUAAUAAUUUUUAUUUAUACCCUGCCCUCCCCGGCCAAGGCCGGGCUCAGGGCAGCUAACAAGCAAUAAUUAAAACAAAUUGAAUGAAUACAACUUAAAAACAUUAAAAUACAACAUUAAAAUAUUGAAACCUCAUCGCAGGAGGAGAAAGGAAAAAGAAAAAAGAAAGAGGGGGAGGGAAUCAAAUUGGCUCUAAGCCAAAGGCCAGGUGGAACAACUCUGUCUUACAGGCCCUGCGGAAAGAAAUCAGAUCCUGCAGGGCCCUGGUCUCAUGAGGCCAGUGUUGAAAAGGCCCUGGCUCUGGUUGAGGCUAAUCUAACUUCCUUAGGGCCUGGGACCACUAGGGUGUUGCUAUUUAUGGACCUUGAGGUCCUCCGUGGGGCAUACCGGGAGAGGCGGUCCUGUAGGUACGAGGGUCCUAGGCCGUGAAGGGCUUUAAAGGUCAAGACCAGCACCUUAAAUCUGACCCUGUACUCCACCGGGAGCCAGUGCAGCUGGAAAAGCACUGGCUGAAUAUGCUCCCAUGGCAGGGACCCUGUGAGGAGCCUCACUGCGGCAUUCUGCACCUGCUGGAGUUUGUGGGUCAGCUUCAAGGACAGCCCCGCGUAGAGCGAAUUACAGUAGUCAAGCCUGGAGGUGACCGUCGCAUGGAUCACUUAGAAAGCACCUCAAGGAGAAUUAGUCCAGUUCAGACAGGGUUAUCGAAGGCUACUAGUCACGAUGGCUCGGCUCUGCCUCCAGCAAGAUUUCCUUAUGUUCUUCUGAGUUUGGCGCAGUUCUGAAUUACUUGGCUACAUUGGCUGUUUUCACUAGUGCGUUUUAAAUUUGGAUUUCUAAAAUACGUUCAAACUGUCCCUAUUUUGAGCUACCUGUCCCAGAUUAAAACGCUGCCUGUAAUUUGUUCCUGUUUUGCUUGAGAAAGAGAGGGGAAUACAUUUUUUACAGGAUGCUUUGCUUGUAGCCCUCCCUUUCCCCCAGAGUUGAAAGGAUCUCAUUUUGACCCCCUCCACUGGCUCCAAAAGCGUUUCGACCUUAGUGCACCUGCAAACGCAGGUGAGCACAUGGUCACUAAGGCACCACAAAGCUGCAACUGAAGUGCUAUCAUUUUUCUAAGUGUGAUUUUCAUAGAAUUAUAGAAUUGCAGAUUUGGAAGGGAUGCAAACCCCGGCAUUGCAGGAAUUGGAAUCUCAGCUGAUGUGGAGAACUGAACUUUAGACUGGGAAAACCAGAAAUAGAGAGAAAUCAAAAUUAAUAGAUUCACGCAACUCUACUAGAGCAUUCAGCAGGAGGGGGGUGAGAGAGAGAGAGAGAGAGAGAGAGAGAGAGAGAGAGAGAGAGAGACCAUCCCUUAACAUAAAAGAGUGUGCAUUUUCUAAAUACACAAGAUAACGGUCCCUAUUUCUAUAUCUGAAAUAUCUGAGGAUAGUAUAUACCGUAUUUUUCGCUCUAUAAGAUGCACCAGACCACAAGACGCACCUAGUUUUUGAAGGAGGAAAACAAGAAAAAAAAUAUUCUGAAUCUCAGAAGCCAGAAUAGCAAGAGGGAUCGCUGUGCAGUGAAAGCAGCAAUCCCUCUUGCUCUUCUGGCUUCUGGGACAGCUGCACAGCCUGCAUUCGCUCCAUAAGACGCACACACAUUUCCCCUUACUUUUUAGGAGGGGAAAAGUGAGUCUUAUAAAGCAAAAAAAUACGGUAUUUGUUUUGAUGCUUUUGACUGCUGAAGCCACCCUCAGGAAUAAGUCGUAAGAUGCAGCUCAUCUGUUCAAAAAACAAAAUACACAAACCCAAAGCCCUGUAGAAAUGAGAAACGAGGAACAAGAAACCGAAAAUCAGUUAGGCAGCAAGCAGAACAGACCAGGAAAAAGCCCAGACAGCAUCCUCUGGGUGUCUUUCCCCAAAGGAUUCAGGGAAAUGAGGUCGUGUCUACCUGUCGUUCACAUAUUGGUCAGAGAGGCAGAAUGGAGGGACAUUCAUCUGCUACCUUCUCAUUCCACAACUGAUUUUGUUCUGGAAGGAAUUACUGGCAAGAGGGUGGAUGUCCCCGGGUGAAUUGAGUGCUGCGUCUACCAGCUACAGAACCAUGCUUUAAGCCAGACUUUGCCAGGUGUUUUGGACUACAAUUCCCAUCAGCCCCAGACAGCACAGCUGCCACGGUGUGUUUACACAAUAGUUUUGCCCACAGAUUUGCCAGGCGCUAUUUGAGCACUGGGGACGCGGGUGGCACUGUGGUUUAAACCACUGUGCGCUUGGGCUUGCCAAUCAGAAGGUCAGCGGUUCAAGGCCCCGCGACGGGGUGAGCUCCCGUCGCUCGGUCCCUGCUCCUGCCAACCUAGCAGUUCGAAAGCAGGUCAAAGCUCAAGUAGAUAAACAGGUACCGCUCUGGAGGGAAGGUAAACGGCGUUUCCGUGCGCUGCUCUGGCUUCACCAGAAGCGGCUUAGUUAUGCUGGCCACAUGACCUGGAAAAUCUGUCUGUGGAAGCGGACAAACGCUGGCUCCCUCGGCCUGUAAAGUGAGAUGAGCGCCGCAACCCCAGAGUCGUUCACGACUGGACUUAAAUGUCCCUUUAUUUGAGCACUAAAGCAUGUGGUUUGUGCCAUGUGCAGAUCAGGUGGGCAAAGAUGGCCAGAAGGCAAAGAUGGCCAGCCACCUGGAUGGCUUAAAAGCGACAAAUUCUUUUUCUUCUUUUUAAAAAAUUUAUUCAUUUUCCUUUUUCAUUCAUUACAUGCAUCUCAUAUCCAUAACAUUUACUAUACAUUCCUUCCUCCCUCCCCUUCUGGACUUCCCCCAACUUCCGUUUCUGGUUUGUUUCUCCUUUCACCCACUUUGCUACUUCCUAAAAGAAAAUAAUACUAGUAACAUAUUUAUACAACAACGUCAAAACCUUAAAACAUAAAAACCUAAAAAUAAAACACACCAUCCUAUUUCUCUAUCUUCCACAAAUUUUCUAAUGCUAAUAACGUGAAUGUUUAUUUAAAUCCUGCCAUCAAGUCUAUCGACUUUCUUUGUUUCUGCAAAUAUAAAUGGUUCCCUUUCUUUUUCAAAGUCACUGUUGUCUUUUUCUCUUUGUCUGUCUGUCAUUUUUGCCAGUUCUGCAUAGUUCAUCAGCUUCUCUUGCCAUUGUUCUUUAGUUGGUAUUUCUCCAGUCUUCCAGUUUUCUGCAAUCAUAAUUCCAUUGUUGUUGUUGUUUAGUCGUUUAGUCGUGUCCAACUCUUCAUGACCCCCUGGACCAGAGCAUGCCAGGCCCUCCUGUCUUCCACUGCCUCCCGCAGUUUGGUCAAACUCAUGCUGGUAGCUUCGAGAACACUGUCCAACCAUCUCGUCCUCUGUCGUCCCCUUCUCCUUGGGCCCUCCAUCUUUCCCAACAUCAGGGUCUUUUCCAGGGAGUCUUCCAGUGAGGGAACCACCAGAAGGCCCUCGGACGAUGGGGGUGGAGACGCUCCUUCAGAUAUACUGGACCUUAAGAUUUUUAAGACAUGCUAUUUUCGUAAAAUACUAUUGAUUGGUGAAUUGAUGGAUUGGUGAAAUGUAGCUGAUUAAUUCCCCCAAUCAGUUGAAAUGCAUGCAGCAGAGGUGGGGACAAUUUUUCCUCUAGUUUGGAGGUCUCGAUUGGCUACUGACUCUUCUGCCUGCCACUGUGACUUUCCCUUUCCCUGCAGUUGGAUGUGCAGAUGUUACCAAUGGUCUGGUUUACCUCUGCCCCCUCAAACGCUUCCCCUGUUGAUUUUCUGCCCCAUCGGGCUUCUAGCAGGAGAGCAGGCCAGGAUAAGCGAAUUUCUGCUCAUUUAGCACCUGUAGACCUGUAGACCUGAGGGGGCAGCCUUUCCUGUAAUCAACUUUACUCUUUCUGGGGUGAAUCCAUCAGGUUAAAAAGAAGCGCUAGUUGGCAGAAUAAGUUACAAGAAUAUGUGGAAAUGGCGCAAAUGACCAACAGCCUAAGGGGCAGUUCAAGACAAUAAUUUGCACAAAAAUGGGAUAAAUACAAGAGAUAUGUACAAAAAUAUACCAAUGAUUUUUCGUCUAUGAUGGCAGCAUUUGAAUGACCUUGGAUAAAGAAAUAUAGGAGAAAUAAGAUUAACGGCACAAAUUCUUGUAAGACUGUAUUAGAGAAUAUAUAAAGGAUAGAUUAAUAAUGGUAGGUACAUUGACUAUUAGAAUAAAAGCAUACAACGGGAAUUGACAAGAAGUCCAAAGUUUUUAUGAUAUUUUUUGUUAAUGCGUUGUUGUUUAGUCAUGUCCGACUCUUUGUGACCCCCUGGACCAGAGCACUCCAGGCACUCCUGUCUUCCACUGCCUCCCGCAGUUUGGUCAAACUCACGCUGGUAGCUUCGAGAACACUGUCCAACCAUCUCAUCCUCUGUCGUCCCCUUCUCCUUGUGCCCUCCAUCUUUCCCAGCAUCAGGGUCUUUUCCAGGGAGUCUUCUCUUCUCAUGAGGUGGCCAAAGUAUUGGAGCCUCAGCUUCAGGAUCUGUCCUUCCAGUGAGCACUCAGGGCUGAUUUCCUUCAGAAUGGAGAGGUUUGAUCUUCUUGCAGUCCAUGGGACUCUCAAGAGUCUCCUCCAGCACCAUAAUUCAAAAGCAUCCAUUCUUCGGCGAUCAGCCUUCUUUAUGGUCCAGCUCUCACUUCCAUACAUCACUACUGGGAAAACCAUAGCUUUUACUAUACAGACCUUUGUUGCAAGGUGAUGUCUCUACUUUUUAAGAUGCUGUCUAGGUUUGUCAUUGCUUUGUCAUUGCUUUUCUCCCAAGAAGCUCAAGAAGAUUUUUUGUUAAUAACUUUUGUUAAACAUCUUUGUUAAUAACCGCAUAAAAAUUAGCAUAAACACAGCUGAAGCUUAAGGUUUAUAACUAUGUAAGAAAAGACAAGUAUAUGUGUGUGUGUGUGUGUGUGUGUGUGUAUGAUUGAAAUCUCACUUUACGAGAUGUACUAUAUAUAUGUAAUGUAUUGUAAGACUAUUAAUAAAGCUUGUUACAUUGCAAAAAUACCUGAACAACCGAUUUACAAUAUUAAGUCUGUAUCUGGGAGUGUCCACGGUGGGGGGUGGGGUGGAGGGUGUUUUUGUUUUUUUGCAGGUGGAUGAGGAGAGCAGAUCUCUCUUUGUGCUUCAGUUCACCCCCAACCUUCCUGCAUAUAAUAUAAUAAGUUAAAUCCAGACCCCAGAGAGGUAGCUUAAUGAUUCUUGCACCCUGGGAUGUUAUCACGCAGGAAACCCCUGGCUCCUUCCGCUGCCACAACCGUAAUCAAACCAGAAAUAAUCCCGCCGUGCUUUUAUGACGAGGGGGGUUAAUGAGAUUGCUAGGUAAUUGCAGGCCUCGUCAUAAUUGGAUGGCACAAAUUAAGGCUGAUGACUCCAAGCUUUGGAGCAAAGCGAGGCCUCAGUGUCACCUCUGAGGCUGAUGCUCCAGGAGAUACAAUAUUGUAUACUUAGUCAAAUGACACUCUGAUCCAUUCAACAGUGUUUGAAUUGGGAUAUGGGUUUGUCAGGAGGGAAACAUAAAAUAGACAGCAAGAUUUGCAGCCAGGACCAGAGAUUCGGCCAACUUCCUUUCUAAACAAAGCAUCUCAGAGUUGCUGUUACACAUGCCAUUUUAUAUUUUCAACUCACAUCAAUCAAAACAGAUAUCAUGUUCAUUUCCCUUUCCUCCCACCCAUUUAUUUUCAAAUUGUAAGGGCUUCCCUCAGUAGGACUGGGGUUUAUUGUUCCCCUUAGGUAUGUCUACACUACCAAUUUAAACCAUUUUGUAUGUUUAAAUGGGUAUGUCUGACCCAUUUAAACUGUACAUACUCAACUGAAGAACUUUCAAAACUGAAGUCCUGUGAAGGGGUUACAGAUCUCAAAGAGCCCUCACAAAAUUACGAUUUUGGUCAGGGAGGGGGAGCUGCGACAGUGAUAAAUCUCGUUUACAUUGGUUUCAAGCUAAUUUAAAUUUAUCGGAAGAUACACUCCCUUAUCUACUGUGGAUAAGAUAAAAACCCAUGCAUUUCAAGUGGCAAUUGGUCUGAUCCAAGGUCCACGUUUCUGAAAGCACCAUGAACAAAGGCGACUGGAUCUGUUCCAGCAGCAGUUGCAUCUUCACAGUCAUGAUGCAAGCUAGUCAGCGGAACUGGGAUUUUAAAUUAUAAAUUAUUGGAUGGAUAUACAGCUUUUCUCCCAAGUCUCCCGCCCUCCCUGAGGCAGUGUACUGUUUUGUUGUUGUUGUUGUUGUUUAGUCGUUUAGUCGUGUCCGACCCUUCGCGACCCCCUGGACCAGAGCACGCCAGGCACUCCUGUCUUCCACUGCCUCUCGCAGUUUGGUCAAACUCAUGUUGGUAGCUUCGAGAACACUGUCCAACCAUCUCGUCCUCUGUCAUCCCCUUCUCCUUGUGCCCUCCAUCUUUCCCAGCAUCAGGGUCUUUUCCAGAGUCUUCUCUUCUCAUGAGGUGGCCAAAGUCUUGGAGCCUCAGCUUCAGGAUCUGUCCUUCCAGUGAGCACUCAGGGCUGAUUUCCUUCAGAAUGGAGAGGUUUGAUCUUCUUGCAGUCCAUGGGACUCUCAAGAGUCUCCUCCAGCACCAUAAUUCAAAAGCAUCAAUUCUUUGGCGAUCAGCCUUCUUUAUGGUCCAGCUCUCACUUCCAUACAUCACUAGUGUACAGUUUUAAUUCUUCCAAAUUCUCUCCCAAUUCCCUGCUAGAUGUCAGAUUUCAUGUGGGACUCUGUUUGUGCCUGUGUGUGUGAGAGAGAAACUGUAGAAUUCAAACAGCCCUCCUUAUAUCUUCUUAUCUCUUUGGCAAUCGUUCGUGGCCGAGUAAGAUUGCCUUCCAUAAACACGGUUUUAACAAUGAGUCCGUAAGUGAAUGUGAAGGCCAAUUUUUUCUUAGUGGGACAGUUUCUAUCUUUUUGCCAGCUCUGAAAGGCCUUCCUUUUCUUGUUAAUCAUGUGUUCAAUCUCACUGUCAUUCUCAUCAAACCAGUCCUGAUGUUUCUUGGUUUGGUAUCCAAUAGUUUGUUCACAGGCUGCAAUAAUGGAUGUUUUUAGCUUGGUCCAGUGUUCCUCGAUGUUAUCAGGGAAUUCUGAAAGCAGAUGGUUCUUAAGAGUCGUUUGGAAGCAAUCUCGCUUAAUGGGAUCUUGAAGGGCUUGAGUGUUCAUUUUGCGCCUUGGUUUCCUUCCUUGAUUGGGACGCUGGUGGCGCUGUGGGUUAAACCACAGAGCCUAGGACUUGCCGAUCAGAAGGUCGGUGGUUUGAAUCCCCGCGACAGGGUGAGCUCCCGUUGCUCGGUCCCUGCUCUUGCCAACCUAGCAGUUCGAAAGCACGUCAAAGUGCAAGUAGAUAAAUAGGUACUGCUCCGGCGGGAAGGUAAAUGGCGUUUCUGUGCGCUGCUCUGGUUCGCCAGAAGUGGCUUAGUCAUGCUGGCCACAUGACCCGGAAGCUGUACGCCGGCUCCCUCAGCCAGUAAAGCAAGAUGAGCGCCACAACCCCAGAGUCAGUCACAACUGGACCUAAUGGUCAGUGGUCCCUUUACCUUUCCUUCCUUGAAGCCUGUGUUGAGGUAUAAUCUUGAUCGCCAUCGUGGAGUGUAUUAGUAUCGAUAUUGCAGCGCUCCAAGAGACUCGAAGAGCAGGCGAGGGACAACUGAAGGAAUAAAAAGGAGGCUACACGUUCUUCUGGAAAGGUCCAUCUGAACAAGAACAUCCUUUCUUUUUCAUGCAAGGUGAGACGUCGGUACGACUUUUGGUAACUUAAGUUGACAGAAUAUGCACAGCUUGCAGACUUAACACACAGAAUAGGAGAACAAGAAGAACAUAGGUUUUGCUAUCAAAAAUCUUGUGGCGUUCCUGUCAGAAGUCCCUACCGGCAUUAACGAGCGAUUCUCAACCCUUCGAAUAAAGCUCACCUCCUUAUAUAUUCAUUGCUCGACAAAAGAACAUGGAGCCCACAAGCUGCCCACAUUGUAAGCCAAGUGUAACCACAGACUUGGAACAGGCUCUGCUUUGCAUAACCUACUCAGAUGUUGUGUUGAAUGUAAUCCAGUGCUCAUCACUCUCCUUCCUUCUGCUAUGGCAGUGAAGGCAGAAAAGAUCUCAUAGCCAACACAGGCAGCAUUUUCAAAGGGGGGGGUCAAAUGAAACUCUGUGUUGGGGGACCCUGGGCGAGGGAGACUAGUUGGGCCAGGAUGGAGAAGAGAAGGGGCCAACAGGUUACGCUGGGAAGGGAUCCAGUGGACUGGGCCAGUCUCCACCUAGGUCAGGAAAGCCAAAAGAAGAGAAUCCCAAGGAAUAUAAUUUUUAUUAAAUUUUCUGUUUUACAAUUUAAAGUACUCGUUUUUACAUCCUUAAGAUAUCAACGACUUCCCUUCUUCUCCUUCCAUGCUCCAUUUUGCAUAUCACAAAUCCUUGCAUAUUUUACAAAAAACUAUACCAUUCAGUAUUCCACUAUUAAAGGUAAAGGGACCCCUGACCGUUAGGUCCAGUCGUGGCCGACUCUGGGGUUGUGGCGCUCAUCUCGCUUUAUUGGCCGAGGGAGCUGGUGUACAGCUUCCAGGUCAUGUGGCCAGCAUGACUAAGCCGCUUCUGGCGAACCAGAGCAGCGCACGGAAACGCCGUUUACCAUCCCGCUGGAGUGGUACCUAUUUAUCUACUUGUACUUUGUGCUUUUGAACUGCUAGGUUGACAGGAGCAGGGACCGAGCAACGGGAGCUCACCCCGUCGCGGGAUUCGAACCGCCAACCUUCUGAUCAGCAAGUCCUAGGCUCUGUGGUUUGAUCCACAGCGCCACCCCAGUCCCAUUCCACUAUUACAUCCAUCAAAACUUAUUUACGCUGUUGAAUUUAUCUUCACGUUGCCAGCGUUUUCAGCUGUACACAGUUAUUUCCCAUAUAGUCAACAAACGUUUUCCAACCUUCUCCAAACGUGUAUUCUUCUUGUUCUCUUUUUCUGUGUGUUAAGUCUGCAAGCUGCAUGUAUUCUGUCAACUUAAGUUGCCAAAGGUCCUACAUACGUCUCACCUUGCAUGAAAAAGAAAGAAUGUUCUUGUUCAGAUGGACCUUUCCAGAAGAAUAUGUAGCCUCCUUUUUCUUCCUUCUGGUUGGCCACUGUGAGAACAGGACUCUGGACUCGAUGGACCACUGGCCUGAUCCUGCUGGGCUCUCCUUAUAAUUUAUGGCCUUGCGUUCUUUUGAGUAGUGUACCAAAGUUUCUCUGGAUACGUGAGGUCUGAGUGCCUUUUCCUCCUCACCUUUGAGCAUCCCCAUCUGAGCAGCUCCAUCCCAUAUAGAUGUGAACCUAGGCAAAAUUGUUUCUCGGUUUAAAAGAGAGUACAGUGGUACCUCAGGUUACAUACGCUUCAGGUUACAUACGUUUCAGAUUACAGACUCCGCUAACCCAGAAAUAGUACCUCAGGUUAAGAACUUUGCUUCAGGCUAAGAACAGAAAUUGGGGGGGGGGGGCAGGAGGCCCCAUUAGCUAAAGUGGUGCUUCAGGUUAAGAACAGUUUCAGGUUAAGAACAGACCUCCGGAACGAAUUACUUAACCUGAGGUACCACUGUAUGGCAUUUGGGCAAACUCCAGUCUCUGGGGUUUGGGCUAGGGUGGGGUUGGUUUUUUUGAGGGCAGGGGUAAGGGAGUGUUGUAAAAAACAAGAGUUUGUAGGGAAAGCUUCUACUGUGUUGUGAUCUUUGCCCCACUUGGGGUUAUUUUAAGGAAGGCAAUGAAUCACAGAAGGGCAGGCCGGCACACAAGGGAUGGGGAAAGAGGGAAAGCAUUGCAAAAGGGGGAUGUGAAGAUCAGACAACGUUUGCAUUUCAGCCACUCUGAGAUCAGCAGUGAUGAUGACGGAGAUCUUCAGCUGGAACCCCCAGAGAACCUCCUCCAGUAUACCUGAAGGAGCGUCUCCACCCCCAUCGUUCUACCCGGACACUGAGGUCCAGCGCUGAGGGCCUUCUGGCAGUUCCCUCCCUGCAAGAAGCCAAGUUACAGGGAACCAGGCAGAGGGCCUUCUCGGUGGUGGCGCCCGCCCUGUGGAACGCCCUCCCUUCAGAUGUCAAAGAGAACAACAACUACCAAACUUUUAGAAGACAUCUGAAGGCAGCCCUGUUUAGGGAAGCUUUUAAUGUUUGAUGUAUUACGGUAUUUUAAUAUUUUAUUGGAAGCCGCCCAGAGUGGCUGGGGAAGCCCAGCCAGAUGGGUGGGGUAUAAAUUAUUAUUAUUAUUAUUAUUAUUAUUAUUAUUAUUAUUAAGAUGGUGAAGGAGGAGUAUAUAAAGCAGCAGAGUGUGGUGCCGGGUUAGGAUUAGGACUGAGAAGGCUCAAAUUCAAAUCCCCACAGGCAUGAUUAAACUCAUCAUUAAGCAUUGCAAUACAGGGGGGGUUGGACUAGAUGACCCUUGGGGUCCCUUCCAACUUUACUCUUUUAUGAUUCUACAAUCACUGGCCCCAUCUCUGCCACUAUGACGCUGCUUUUCCUCUCUCUCACACGCACCCGGCUCACACAUUUAGCCCUUGAAUGACAUAUAGAAAGGGUUCCAGAACCACCCUAGGAGCAAAAUAACAUCAUUAUUUUUUUAAAGAGCUAAAAAAUUCAAAACUGCCCAUGCUGAGAGUAGUUCUUGUUUUUUGUUUUUUUAAAACAUCUGUGUUUGCAAACUGUUGCACUAACAUAUCAGGAAUGCGGAAGCAAUUGCAAAGCAUGACCUAGGAAUAGAAGGGGGAAGAGAAAAGAACAGACUCCCUCAGGAGGUGGUGAGCUCUCCUUCCUCAGAGGUUUUUAAGCAGAAGUUGGACGGCCAUCUGUCAGGGAUGCUUUAGCUGAGAUUCCUGCCUUGCAGGGGGUUGGACUAGAUAAUAAUAAUAAUAAUUUAUUACUUAUACCCCGCCCAUCUGGCUGGGCUUCCACAGCCACUCUGGGUGGUUUCCAACAAAAUAUUAAAAUACAGUAAAGGUAAAGGGACCCCUGACUAUUAGGUCCAGUCGUGACCGACUCUGGGGUUGCGGUGCUCAUCUCGCUCUAUAGGCCGAGGGAGCCGGCGUACAGUUUCUGGGUCAUGUGGCCAGCAUGACUAAGCCGCUUCUGGCGAACCAGAGCAGCACACGGAAACGCCGUUUACCUUCCCGCCGGAGUGGUACCUAUUUAACUACUUGCACUUUGACGUGCUUCCGAACUGCUAGGUUGGCAGGAGCAGGGACCGAGCAACGGGAACUCACCCCGGCGCAGGGAUUCGAACUGCCGAUCUUCUGAUCAGCAAGCCCUAGACUCUGUGGUUUAACCCACAGCACCACCCACGUCCCUUUAAAAUACAGUAACGUAGUUUAAAUAAUGUCAUGACAUCAUGACAUUUAGCAUUGGGGUCCCUUCCAGCGCUACAAUUUUAUGAUUCUUACUCUUAACCCAUAUAUUGAAACAUAUACAUAUAUAUAUAAUGAGCUAAAGAUGAUCUUUAGAUCUACAUUUUUGAAAAAGCCAGAGGCAUUCUUGUUAGGAAUGGUAGGAGAAGAUAUAGUUAAGAACGAUCAGAAACUGUUUUUCUAUGCAACAACAGCGGUGAGGUUACUGCUAGCCCAGGUUUGGAAACAGCAGCAAUUACCAACAGUAGAAGAAUGGCGACAAAGGUAAUGGAAUAUGCAAGAAAUAGCCAAACUAAUUGGGGAAAUUUGACAACAGGGCGAGGAAACAUUUCAUAAAGAAUGGGAAAAAAAUAUGUUGUAUAAAAGAAAGAUAAGAUGAAAUAGUAAAACCAGUAAAAUUGGAAACAAACCUCAUAACGGGAAAGAUUAAGAAAAGUGAUGGAUAAUGAAAAUAAUAAGAAACAAAAUGUAUAAGGAAACUAAUAUAACCAACAGUAGUGGUAAAUGAAUACAGACAGACAACAAGAAUUGUAUAAACAUGAGGACUUAUUUGUUUAUGGAUACACUAUGGACAAAUAUGGGAAAUGAAUAACAAUAUAUAAAAUGGAAGAAAAUAAUGCGAUAAAAUUAUAUGUGAUAUAAAAAACCAGAAGAAGGAAGGAGGGAAGUCAGCUCUGAAGAGCAAGUCUAAAUGUAAAAUGUAAUACAGUAUUUGUAUGUGGAGUAUCUAAUUGAAAAACUAAUAAAGAUUAUUUGAAAAGGAAAAGAAAAGAAAAAAGUAACAGUGAUGAAUCAGUUAGAGCUAGAAUUGAUUCACAGUGGUUUGAGCAACGAAAGCUUGCAAGCCCAUAUUCUUACUAGGCUAAAGACCCCAGCUCUUCUCUGUCAUGAAAUGGGAUAUGGAAGAAGAGGAACAGACUGCAACCAUCAGUGGGGUGGUCCAUGCGCCUGGAUCUCCACUGAGCUCUUGAGGAAGCCACAGCAAAAGGAUCACAGCUGGCCCCCUAAGAUUCUCGAGGCAUGAGGAAAUCUCCCUCUCAAGCAAAUUGCUACACGCAGCUCACUGAGGGACUUUCUCUGUUUCAGUCACACUUCCCUCUCAGAACAAUUUCACAACUCUCAGCGUUUGGUCACCGUGAGAGUUGCCAACUUUUUAAUUGAAAACAACACCACUUGUGUUGUGUUCACACAAUAGGCUUUCAUGAGCAAAAAACCCACCCCUUUAUCAUAAGAGGGGCUUUCGGCAGGUUAACAAGAUCUGGGCCUAAAUUGGUUACACACUCAGCAAUUACCAUAUUUUUCGCUCUAUAAGGCGCACCAGACCAUAAGAUGCACCUAGUUUUCGGAGGAGGAAAACAAGAAAAAAAUAUUCUGAAUCCUAGAAGCCAGAACAGCAAGAGGGAUCGCUGCGCAGUGAAAGCAACGAUCCCUCUUGAUGUUCUGGCUUCUAGGAUAGCUGCACAGCCUGCAUUUGCUCCAUAAGAUGCACACACAUUUCCCCUUACUUUUUAGGAGGGGAAAAAUGCAUCUUAUAGAGCGAAAAAUACGAUACACUAUUUUCUAAGCAUGCCUGAAGUGCAGGAGGCAGUCACCAGGAAUUUGAACUGACUCGAGGGUUGGGUUAGAUCCAGAAUGCACAGACAACUUGUCUUUUUUAUAUGUUCUUCGCUGUUAAACCUUCUGUUUUUGCCUCUCCCUUCUUUGAAAUCUGCUUGGGUCUUCGAAGCGUGUUGACUAAUGUGUGGUGGGGAAAGCUGUGGCUUGCUCUCCCUUUUAGAUCUGCCUCUGCAAAUAUUCGAGGAAACUCCUUAAAAACAGCCUGCUGAUGGUUCUUGACUCCAGUCCGCCUUGCAGAUACAGUGGUACCUUGGGUUACAUACGCUUCAGGUUACAUACGCUUCAGGUUACAGACUCCGCUAACCCAGAAAUAGUACCUCGGAUUAAGAACUUUGCUUCAGGGUAAGAACAGAAAUCAUGCAGCGGCUAAUGGAGGCCCCAUUAGCUGAAGUGGUGCUUCAGGUUAAGAACAGUUUCAGGUUAAGAACUGACCUCCAGAACAAAUUAAGUACUUAACCCGAGGUACCGCUGUAUAUAAAUAGAGUUGGUCACAGGUGAUGGCAAUCAUGUGUACAGAUUUGAGGAAGAGGCAAGGAAGGAAAUUCCUGAAAUGGCAAGUGUACUGGUCCUUUUAAACUUCCAAACCGCGUCUUUUGCCAAUUUGGGAUGAGUCGAAUACAGACUUAAUGUGAAAACCACUUAUCGUUUUUCUCCAAGUAGCUUAAUAAUAGUAAUAUUAAUUUAUUAUUUAUCCUCUGCCCAUCUGGCUGGGUUUCCCCAGCCACCCUGGGCGGCUCCCAACAGAAUAUUAAAAACAUGAUAAAACAUCAAACAUUAAAAAACUUCCCGAAACAGGGUUGCCUUCAGAUGUCUUCUAAAAGUAAGAUAGUUGUUUAUUUCCUUGACAUCUGAUGGGAGGGCGUUCCACAGGGCGGGUGCCACCACCGAGGAGGCCCUCUGCCUGGCUCCCUGUACCCUCACUUCUCGCAAUGAGAGAGCCACCAGAAGUCCCUCAGAGCUGGACCUCAGUGUCCAGGCUGAACAAUGGGGGGUGGAGACGCUCCUUCAGGUAUAGCUUGCUUGUCUUGGCUUCCCGGGGUCUCCACUCACCUCCUGAGGUGCAACUGGAGGUGUCAGAAAUUGAACCCAAGACUCUCUGUGUGCAUUAGUUGGCUGUGAUCCAACUAAGCUGUUUGCAAAGGAGGUGGGAGGGCGGGCAGGGAACUUGCCCAAAGCAGCCAGGGGUUCCUUCCAGGCACCCACAUGGUACUGUUGAGGGCUGGAAUAUCCAGCUCCUAGCAGCCAUCGAUGAGAUCGCACCUAGGCGCCCUCUGCGACCCCGCAGAAACCGGGCUCCCUGGUUUACCGAGGAGCUUCGGAAAAUGAAGCGGGACCUCAGACGGCUAGAGCGAGUAUGGCGGGGUGCCCGUGACGGAGCCUCAAGAACAUCUUAUAGGGUUUUUAUGAAAACCUACGAGAUGGCAGUGAAGGCCGCUAAGAAGUCCUACUUCUCGGCCUCCAUUGCCUCCGCUAGCUCUCGCCCGGCGCAAUUAUUUAGUAUAAUUAGGUCUUUAAUGUCCCUUGAAGGACAGCCAAAUUUAAAUAACAAUUUGACACACAGCUGUGAGGCAUUUGCGAGCUUUUUUGCGGAGAAGGUCCUGUUGCUCCGCCAUGACCUCCCUGCCAAUUUGGAUACAAUAAAGGAACUGGAGGCCCCUCGACUGUCCUCGGGUCCAGUAUUGGACCACUUUGACCGGAUAUCCCCAGGCGAUGUGGACAGACUCCUCCGAGCUGGAAAGCCCACCACCUGUCCUCUCGACCCGUGCCCGUCUUGGCUGAUUAGAGCGUGUCCAGACGAGGUGCGGGCCCUCCUGGGGGAUAUCAUCAAUUUGUCCCUUGGCACCGGGAUAUUCCCAGGGGAACUGAAGGAGGCAGUGGUGCGCCCGCUCUUAAAGAAAACAUCAUUAGAUCCCUUAGAUCUUUCCAAUUACCGCCCGGUUUCGAAUCUUCCAUUCCUGGGUAAGGUGAUUGAGAGAGCGGUUGCUGAACAGCUUGGUAGGUUUCUGGAUGAAACAUCGGCUCUGGAUCCAUUCCAGUCCGGCUUCGCGCUAGUCAUGGGACCGAGACGGCUCUGGUCGCCCUAACAGAUGAUCUCCACAGGCAGCUGGAUCGAAGCGGGUCGGGGCUGCUGAUUCUUCUAGACCUGUCAGCAGCCUUCGACAUGGUCGAUCACGAACUCCUGGACCACCGCCUUGCCGACGUGGGGAUCCAGGGCACAGUCCUUCAAUGGUUGCGCUCGUUUCUCUCUGGUCGGGGACAGAGGGUGGCGCUUGGGGGGAAAUUGUCAUCGCGCCACUCCUUGGUGUGUGGAGUGCCUCAGGGUGCGCUUCUCUCCCCGAUGCUUUUUAACAUCUUUAUGCGCCCCCUCGCCCAGCUUGUCCGGAGUUUGGGGCUGGGUUGCCAUCAGUAUGCUGAUGACACCCAACUCUAUCUGUUGAUGGAUGGCCAUCCUGACUCGGCCCCAGACACACUGACCAGAUGUCUGGAGGCUGUGGCUGGAUGGUUACGUGGGAGCCAGUUGAAGUUAAAUCCUUCGAAGACAGAGGUCCUCUGGCUGGGACGGGACGAUAUGGGAUUGAGGGGGCAACUCCCAUCUCUUGCGGGGGUGCAAUUAGUGCCAGCAUCGUCCGUUAAGAGUUUGGGUGUAGUCUUCGAUACCUCCCUCUCUAUGGAGGCGCAGAUUACAGCUAUAACAAAGGCGGCAUUUUUUCAUCUCCGCCAAGCUAAGCAGUUGGCUCCUUAUCUCUCUCGCCCUGACCUAGCCACUGUGAUCCACGCGACGGUCACCUCCAGACUGGAUUAUUCUAACUCGCUCUACGUGGGGCUGCCCUUGAGACUGACCCAGAAACUCCAGCGGGUGCAGAAUGCCGCGGCAAGACUCCUUAUGGGGUCUUCGCUGCAUGAUCACAUUCAUCCGGUAGUAUACCAACUGCACUGGCUCCCGGUGGAGUACAGGAUCAGGUUUAAGGUGCUGGUUUUAACCUUUAAAGCCCUAUACGGCCUAGGACUCUCGUACCUACGGGACCGCCUUUCCUGGUAUGUCCCACAGAGGAACUUACGGUCUGCAAAUAAAAACAUCCUGAAGAUCCCAGGCCACAGAGAGGUUAGGCUGGCCUCAACUAGAGCCAGGGCUUUCUUGGCCGCAGCUCCAAUCUGGUGGAACGCUCUGUCACAAGAGACUAGGGCCCUGCGGGACUUGACAUCUUUCCGCAGGGCCUGCAAGACAGAGCUGUUCCACCAGGCCUUUGGUCAGGGCGCAGCCUGACCCCCUCCUCUGGCAAUCUGCACAGAAUUUUGCUUAAUGGUUGCCACCAAUUUGAUUUUAAUUAAUUUUUAUAAUGAAAUGUUUUUAGAACGUUGGAUUAUUUUGAUUGUUGUUAGCCGCCCUGAGCCCAGCUUCGGCUGGGGAGGGCAGGAUAUAAAUAAAAGUUGUUGUUGUUGUUAUUAUUAUUAUUAUUAUUAUUAUUAUUGGGCUGGAAGCAGCUGCUGCUGUCCCCUUUUCCUUUUUUAAAUUUUUUUAUUCAAAAUUAAAACAAAACAUAUUAUCCAGAAACAUAUCAUCCUUAUUUUUUCCAUUUGUCCUCCCUCCCUCCCCCCACUCACCCACACAAAACCCACCCACCCCCACCCCCCAGCUUCCCUCAGUUCCAGUCUUUGAUUUCUCUGAGAAUGCUGUUUUCUGUAUGUUACAAAGUUGUAUAGAUCCUCAAACUAUUUAGCUAAUUAUUAUCAAUAAAAAGUUUGUGAAUGUUUAUUCAAAACCUGCCAAGGAGUCCAGUUCGCUUUGUUGCGUCUUCAGAUACUUUGUAAAGGGUUCCCAUUCAUCCUUAAAGUCACAGUUAUCCUUGUCCCUUAGCUUAUAUGUCAGUUUUGCCAGUUCUGCAUAGUCCAUCAAUUUUUCUUGCCAUGAUUCUUUAGUUGGGGUUUCUUCAGUCUUCCAUCCUUGUGCUAUUAGAACUCUCGUGGCCGUUGUCACAUACAUGAAGAUGUUUUUCAGCUUUUUUGGCAGAUCUUUCCCUACAAUCCCUAACAAAAAUGCUUCAGGUUUUUUAACAAAUGUCAAAUGGAACAUUUUCUUCAAUUCAUUGUAUAUCAUUUCCCAAUUUUUUAAAAUUACCUUACAAUCCCACCACAUAUGAUAAAAUGUUCCCUCCUUUUCCUUACACUUCCAACAUAUCGUAUUUUUUGCUCUAUAACUUUUUCCCUCCUAAAAAGUAAGGGGAAAUGUGUGUGCAUCUUAUGGAGUGAAUGCACGCUGAGCAGCUAUCCCAGAAGCCAGAACAGCAAGAGGGAUUGCUGAUCCCUCUUGCUGUUCUGGCUUCUGAGAUUCAGAAUUUUUUUCUUGUUUUCCUCCUCCAAAAACUAGGUGCGUCUUGUGGUCUGGUGCGUCUUAUAGAGCGAAAAAUACAGUAUAUUUGAACUAGUUUUAUACAUUUUCCCUAACUGCACUGGUGUCGUGUACCAUAUGUACAUCAUCUUCAUGUAAUUCUCCUUUAAUAGGGAACAAUCUGUAAUUUUUAAAUCAGUUUUCCAUAAUUUUUCCCAAUCUUCCAUCAUAAUAUUAUGACCUACAUCUUGUGAUGUUUUCCCCCUCUCCUGACUUUUUCUCUUCUCUUCCGCCACAGAUCCGGGCUUACAUUGGGGGCAUCAACCCUGACCACAUCGAGAAUGAGGACAUGAAAGCCUUCCGAUUCAGCGCCUUCAACCCCAUCGUGGACCCGUGGCUCUUCAUCAUUUUCCGCAAAACCGUCUUCCGCAGCAUCCGGAACUUUUUCUACUCCCAGUUCUGGUGGCCCUGGUGGUCCAGGACGCAGAAAGCAUCUGCCACACUUGGCACACAGGAUGGCAUCCCUUUCCAAGACUAUUCCGCUUGCUGAGAGACAAAGCCACCCUACAGACGGGGCGCUUCCUGGCAGUGGGCGCAGAGGGACGGGGUGACGACUCAGAGGAGGAGCUGAAAUGAUGUCCCACCUGCAGAGCAUCUCAACAAGGAUCCAGGAACUGGUGGGGUUAGGUUGGAGCAGGUGCGGGUGGUGGCGAAGGAACAGGUCUUUGGAGGGGAGAGAUUCUUUUCCCCUACAAUGGCAUCCCCCAUAGGGAAAUUUCCAGGAGGACACGGGAAGUGCCCAAUUGGUCCGUCCAGCUCAGGAAUGUCUCGACACUGAUUGGCAGGUGCUCUCCAAGGUUUCAGGCAGGAGACAAUUCCAGCCCUACCGGGAGAUUCUGCUACCUGGGACCUUGAACAUGCAAAGCGGGUACUCUAUAUCAGGGGAGUGAUGACCCUUUCCAUAGGGAUGCUCUGCUUUGCUUUUCCUCAUUGGUUAAAGAGGACGGGAGAUCAGAUUAAAAGGGCGUCUGUAAUUCAAGCACCAAGAGGGCAAAACAGAGGAAGAGGAUGGAGAGAGAGAGAGAGGGAGGAUAAAUGUGACUGUAUAGCAUUCGGUUUGCCUGCAUGUUGAGCAACCUGUGCCAGUCCCAGCUCUGCCUUGUUUGCUAACGUACCCAAACGGAUAAUGGAUAUUAAGUUUGUCCAGUUUCACGCUUCCAGCGUCGAUUAGCGCACAGGGUUCGAUUGUGAAGCUUUACUGUGAAUCUUUGAAGGUGUAGAAAUAAAAAGCGGCGAGUUUCUAUCCACCACGCCUGCGUGGCUGUACUUUAAAAUGCACACAGACAGAGCUCAAAAAGGGCCUGGCGAGCCUGUGGCUUAACUCUCGCGUAAACACAGCAUGGUAGAAACUUUCGCCAACCUAGG